UACUACUGCAAAUUUCCCUGUCAGUGCGGGUCAGUCAGAAAAUAAGCUGGCUGUGAGUGGGGGGGAUAGAUAUAGUUUGUCACUGAAGGAAUAAUUGAGACUUCAAUCUUAACCAAACAAGGAAACUAUAAAUAAAGACUCUGAGAGAGAGGAUAGUCAUGAGCAUUCAGAAGCCAAAGAUUCUCCAGUAAACAACAAAAGACGGUCUCCCCCCUCAGACAGGCCACCUCUUGGCCCUCAUCUGACUCACCACCACAGCAUCUCGACAGAUGAACAAGACAGUCCAGAGAGAAUUAUUCAGAAGGAAAAGCUUCAUGCUGAAUUGAAACGAGUUUUGAGUGAGAAAAGAAGCCAUCUGAGAGAAACCCACUCUACCCUCACUGACAUGGAUGAAAACUCCAAGAAAGACAGCAAGAAUGAGGUGGAGAAGGAUAGGCAUUUGUCAGAGUUUGUGGACGUGGUUGUUGAAACACAACCUGAGGUUGGAGCAAGUGGAUACAGUGUGGUUGGUGGAGGGGAGCAAGGCAUCUUCAUCAAAGAGGUCCUGAAAGACUCUCCAGCAGCCAAGCACCUCAGCCUACAAAAAGGUGAUCAACUGCUAAGUGCCAAGGUUUAUUUUGAUAAUGUGAAAUAUGAGGACGCCUUAAAAAUUCUCCAGUGUGCAGAACCCUACAAAGUGUCAUUUCUUCUAAAGAGAACUGUGCCAGGAGGUGACAUCAGCAUACACCCAGUCGCACAAAAUUUGGAGCUCAGAGGUCCAAAGGUCAAGAUGCAAAGAAUGAAUGUCAAAAGUGUGAAACCUUUCAAAACCAAGAGAAAGAGAGGAGGACGAUUUGGAUUAAAAAGACUGAAAGAGAACAAAAACGCAAAAGCAGAGUUGGACAUUGAAGGUUCACCUGGCAGAUCAGACCUUGGUCCUGUUGAUGUUGAGUUUGCUUUCCCAAAGAUCAAGAUGAGAAAAGGUGUGAAAGGAACUGCAGAUGGUUCAGGGCAGCUGGAGGGUUUGACCGCUAGUACUAGGAACAAGAAGAAUAUCAGAUUUCCAAAGAUGAAAGUAAAGGAUGCUUCUGUAGGUGAAGGGAAUGUCAAUAUAGAUGUUUCAGCAUAUGAGGGUUGUGCAGAGAGCUCUGGAGCAAAGCUGAAAGACAAGGGAAAAGGUCCAAAAUUAGGAAUGAAUUUACCCAAAAUUAAAAAGUCAAAAUUAGAUGUUCAGUCUUCAAAUGGCAACUUUGAGGUAAAAGAACCAAAGGCCCAAAUAAAGCUUCCAUCAACAGAGUCGGAUCUUAGUGUUUGUCAGGGCAAAGUUGAAGCCAAGAUCCCUAAUCUUGACAUCAGUUUUAAGGGAAAGUUACAGGGUCCUGAGACGAAAAUACCUGAAAAGUUAGAUGUAUCUGAUGCAAAGGUGGCAGUGUCAAAAAUCAAACUGCCAAAGGUAAGGCUGUCUUGUCAUUCCGAUGAAAUUGAUGGAGAUGCAAGUAUCAAAAUGGAUACAACUGAACAUAAAUCAAAAAUGCCCGUACUUGACAUCAAAGCAGCGGAUCUGGAUUUGGACCUGCAUCCCCUAAAAAUGAAGGGUUCAACUGAAUUAAAAGAUUUUACAAUUCCUGAUCCAACUGUGAAAGUAACAAAAAUAAGCACAGCCAAAGUUGAAACAUCAGUAACAAAGCUAAACUUUGGAGAUGAUGUGGAUGGAUACAUGGUCAAAGACCCUAAAAUUGCUUUCCCCAAACUUGAUAUUGAAGUCCCCAAGACAGAAACAUCAGAUGUAAACAUUAGUCUUCCUAAAUUAGAUGUUUCAUUACCAAAGGUGACUUCAAAAAACAUUGAUACUGAGGGACAUGCAAGUACAGGAGUAAAAUUGGAGAUGCCAAAACUGGACAUCUCCUUUCCAAAAACAACAUCCCCUGAGGGUAAAAUUGUAGUUGAUGUAUCUAAAAAAGAUGGACUAAAAGGUAAAGCAGAAGGAAAGGGAGAAGUGAAAAUUCCUUCUGGCAAAGGAGCAGAGUUUCAAAUGCCUCAAAUUUCCCUUCCUGAAAUGAAAUUUCCAGAGGGUGAAAUUGUUAUAAAGGGACCUAAGGUCAAAGGUGGAAUAGAGAUUGACAAAGCACUCGAAACUACUGUUGAAAUAUCAUUACCAAAAGAAAAAGGCACAAGCGAGGUUGAUGUCAACAAACAUUUAGAAAAAACAGGAGAAUUUGAUAUCCCAAAACUGGAUAUGCAUGUGCCAAAUAUUGAAUCAACCAAAAGAGAAAUCCAUAUAGAAGCCAAAACAAGAAGGAAGUUUCAAAUACCCCAAGUAGACCUUUCACUUCCAAGGAUUAAAGCAAAAAAGGUGGAAAUCAAUGUUGAAGGACCUGAUAUCAAAAGUGGAAAGAUUUGCAUGCCCUCUAGAGAUAUAUCUCUACCAGGAGGAGGAGCGGGAGCAGAUGUAGAUGUUAAAGGAAAAGGCGGAAAAUUUGAAAUGCCUAAAUUAGACGUUUCUUUGCCAGAAAUAAAAUCUCCAGAUGCUGAAAUCAACGUUGAAGGUCCUGAUAUCAAAGGUGGAAAGUUUCACAUGCCCUCUUUAGAUAUCUCACUACCAAAAGGAGGAGCAGAUGUAGAUGUUAAAGGAGGAAAAUUUGAAAUGCCUAAGAUAGAUGUUUCCUUGCCAAAUAUAAAAUCUCCAAGUGGUGAAAUCAAUGUUGAAGGUCCUGAUAUCAAAGGUGGAAAGUUUCACAUGCCUUCAUUAGAUAUCUCACUACCAAAAGGAGGAGCAGGAGCAGAAGUAGAUGUUAAAGGAAAAGGAGGGAAAUUUGAAAUGCCUAAGAUAGACGUUUCCGUGCCAAAACUAAAAUCUCCGGAUGCUGAAAUCAACGUUGAAGGUCCUGAUAUCAAAGGUGGAAAGUUUCACAUGCCUUCAGUAGAUAUUUCACUACCAAAAGGAGGAGCAGGAGCAGAUGUAGAUGUUAAAGGAGGAAAAUUUGAAAUGCCUAAGAUAGACGUUUCCUUGCCAAAACUAAAAUCUCCGGAUGCUGAAAUCAACGUUGAAGGUCCUGAUAUCAAAGGUGGAAAGUUUCACAUGCCUUCAUUAGAUAUCUCACUACCAAAAGGAGGAGCAGGAGCAGAUGUAGAUGUUAAAGGAAAAGGAGGAAAAUUUGAAAUGCCUAGGAUAGAUGUUUCCUUGCCAAAACUAAAAUCUCUGGAUGCUGAAAUCAACGUUGAAGGUCCUGAUAUCAAAGGUGGAAAGUUUCACAUGCCCUCUUUAGAUAUCUCACUACCAAAAGGAGGAGCAGGAGCAGAUGUAGAUGUUAAAGGAAAAGGAGGAAAAUUUGAAAUGCCUAAGAUAGAUGUUUCCUUGCCAAAACUGAAAUCUCCAAGUGGUGAAAUCAACGUUGAAGGUCCUGAUAUCAAAGGUGGAAAGUUUCACAUGCCUUCAUUAGAUAUUUCACUACCAAAAGGAGGAGCAGGGGCAGAUGUUAAAGGAAAAGGAGGACAAUUUGAAAUGCCUAAGAUAGAUGUUUCCUUGCCAAAACUAAAAUCUCCGGAUGCUGAAAUCAACGUUGAAGGUCCUGAUAUCAAAGGUGGAAAGUUUCACAUGCCUUCAUUAGAUAUCUCACUACCAAAAGGAGAAGCAGGAGCAGAUGUAGAUGUUAAAGGAGGGAAAUUUGAAAUGCCUAAGAUAGAUGUUUCCUUGCCAAAACUGAAAUCUCCAAGUGGUGAAAUCAAUGUUGAAGGUCCUGAUAUCAAAGGUGGAAAGUUUCACAUGCCCUCUUUAGAUAUCUCACUACCAAAAGGAGGAGCAGGAGCAGAUGUAGAUGUUAAAGGAAAAGGAGGAAAAUUUGAAAUGCCUAAGAUAGAUGUUUCCUUGCCAAAAUUAAAAUCUCCAGAUGCUGAAACCAACGUUGAAGCUCCUGAUAUCAAAGGUGGAAAGUUUCACAUGCCUUCAUUAGAUAUCUCACUACCAAAAGGAGGAGUAGGAGCAGAUGUAGAUGUUAAAGGAAAAGGAGGAAAAUUUGAAAUGCCUAAGAUAGAUGUUUCCUUGCCAAAACUGAAAUCUCCAGGAGCGGAAAUCAACGUUGAAGGUCCUGAUAUCAAAGGUGGAAAGUUUCACAUGCCUUCAUUAGAUAUCUCACUACCAAAAGGAGGAGCAGGAGCAGAUAUAGAUGUUAAAGGAAAAGGAGGAAAAUUUGAAAUGCCUAAGAUAGAUGUUUCCUUGCCAAAACUGAAAUCUCCAGGUGCGGAAAUCAACGUUGAAGGUCCUGAUAUCAAAGGUGGAAAGUUUCACAUGCCUUCAUUAGAUAUCUCACUACCACAAGGAGGAGCAGGAGCAGAUGUAGAUGUUAAAGGAGGGAAAUUUGAAAUGCCUAAGAUAGAUGUUUCCUUGCCAAAACUGAAAUCUCCAAGUGGUGAAAUCAAUGUUGAAGGUCCUGAUAUCAAAGGUGGAAAGUUUCACAUGCCUUCAUUAGAUAUCUCACUACCAAAAGGAGGAGCAGGAGCAGAUGUAGAUGUUAAAGGAAAAGGAGGAACAUUUGAAAUGCCUAAGAUAGAUGUUUCCUUGCCAAAAUUAAAAUCUCCAGAUGCUGAAAUCAACUUUGAAGGUCAUGAUAUCAAAGGUGGAAAGUUUCACAUGCCUUCAUUAGAUAUCUCACUACCAAAAGGAGGAGUAGGAGCAGAUGUAGAUGUUAAAGGAAAAGGAGGAAAAUUUGAAAUGCCUAGGAUAGAUGUUUCCUUGCCAAAACUGAAAUAUCCAAGUGGUGAAAUCAACGUUGAAGGUCCUGAUAUCAAAGGUGGAAAGUUUCACAUACCUUCAUUAGAUAUCUCACUACCAACAGGAGGAGCAGGAGCAGAUGUAGAUGUUAAAGGAAAAGGAGGAAAUUUUGAAAUGCCUAAGAUAGAUGUUUCCUUGCCAAAACUGAAAUCUUCAAGUGGUGAAAUCAACGUUGAAGGUCCUGAUAUCAAAGGUGGAAAGUUUCACAUGCCUUCAUUAGAUAUCUCACUACCAAAAGGAGGAGCAGGAGCAGAUGUAGAUGUUAAAGGAAAAGGAGGAAAAUUUGAAAUGCCUAAGAUAGAUGUUUCCUUGCCAAAACUAAAAUCUCCGGAUGCUGAAAUCAACGUUGAAGGUCCUGAUAUCAAAGGUGGAAAGUUUCACAUGCCUUCAUUAGAUAUCUCACUACCAAAAGGAGGAGCAGAUGUAGAUGUUAAAGGAAAAGGAGGAAAAUUUGAAAUGCCUAAGAUAGAUGUUUCCUUGCCAAAACUAAAAUCUCCGGAUGCUGAAAUCAACGUUGAAGGUCCUGAUAUCAAAGGUGGAAAGUUUCACAUGCCUUCAUUAGAUAUCUCACUACCAAAAGGAGGAGCAGGAGCAGAUGUAGAUGUUAAAGGAAAAGGAGGAACAUUUGAAAUGCCUAAGAUAGAUGUUUCCUUGCCAAAAUUAAAAUCUCCAGAUGCUGAAAUCAACUUUGAAGGUCAUGAUAUCAAAGGUGGAAAGUUUCACAUGCCUUCAUUAGAUAUCUCACUACCAAAAGGAGGAGUAGGAGCAGAUGUAGAUGUUAAAGGAAAAGGAGGAAAAUUUGAAAUGCCUAGGAUAGAUGUUUCCUUGCCAAAACUGAAAUAUCCAAGUGGUGAAAUCAACGUUGAAGGUCCUGAUAUCAAAGGUGGAAAGUUUCACAUACCUUCAUUAGAUAUCUCACUACCAACAGGAGGAGCAGGAGCAGAUGUAGAUGUUAAAGGAAAAGGAGGAAAUUUUGAAAUGCCUAAGAUAGAUGUUUCCUUGCCAAAACUGAAAUCUUCAAGUGGUGAAAUCAACGUUGAAGGUCCUGAUAUCAAAGGUGGAAAGUUUCACAUGCCUUCAUUAGAUAUCUCACUACCAAAAGGAGGAGCAGGAGCAGAUGUAGAUGUUAAAGGAAAAGGAGGAAAAUUUGAAAUGCCUAAGAUAGAUGUUUCCUUGCCAAAACUAAAAUCUCCGGAUGCUGAAAUCAACGUUGAAGGUCCUGAUAUCAAAGGUGGAAAGUUUCACAUGCCUUCAUUAGAUAUCUCACUACCAAAAGGAGGAGCAGAUGUAGAUGUUAAAGGAAAAGGAGGAAAAUUUGAAAUGCCUAAGAUAGAUGUUUCCUUGCCAAAACUAAAAUCUCCGGAUGCUGAAAUCAACGUUGAAGGUCCUGAUAUCAAAGGUGGAAAGUUUCACAUGCCUUCAUUAGAUAUCUCACUACCAAAAGGAGGAGCAGGAGCAGAUGUAGAUGUUAAAGGAAAAGGAGGAAAAUUUGAAAUGCCUAAGAUAGACGUUUCCUUGCCAAAACUGAAAUCUCCAGGUGCGAAAAUCAACGUUGAAGGUCCUGAUAUAAAAGGUGGAAAGUUUCACAUGCCCUCUGUAGACAUCUCACUACCAAAAGGAGGAGCAGGAGCAGAUGUAGAUGUUAAAGGAAAAGGAGGAAAAUUUGAAAUGCCUAAGAUAGAUGUUUCCUUGCCAAAACUAAAAUCUCCAGAUGCUGAAAUCAACGUUGAAGGUCCUGAUAUCAAAGGUGGAAAGUUUCACAUGCCUUCAUUAGAUAUCUCACUACCAAAAGGAGGAGCAGGAGCAGAUGUAGAUGUUAAAGGAAAAGGAGGAAAAUUUGAAAUGCCUAAGAUAGAUGUUUCCUUGCCAAAACUGAAAUCUCCAGGUGCGAAAAUCAACGUUGAAGGUCCUGAUAUAAAAGGUGGAAAGUUUCACAUGCCCUCUGUAGACAUCUCACUACCAAAAGGAGGAGCAGGAGCAGAUGUAGAUGUUAAAGGAAAAGGAGGAAAAUUUGAAAUGCCUAAGAUAGACGUUUCCUUGCCAAAACUAAAAUCUCCGGAUGCUGAAAUCAACGUUGAAGGUCCUGAUAUCAAAGGUGGAAAGUUUCACAUGCCUUCAUUAGAUAUCUCACUACCAAAAGGAGGAGCAGGAGCAGAUGUAGAUGUUAAAGGAAAAGGAGGAAAAUUUGAAAUGCCUAAGAUAGACGUUUCCUUGCCAAAACUGAAAUCUCCAGGUGCGAAAAUCAACGUUGAAGGUCCUGAUAUAAAAGGUGGAAAGUUUCACAUGACCUCUGUAGACAUCUCACUACCAAAAGGAGGAGCAGGAGCAGAUGUAGAUGUUAAAGGAAAAGGAGGAAAAUUUGAAAUGCCUAAGAUAGAUGUUUCCUUGCCAAAACUAAAAUCUCCAGAUGCUGAAAUCAACGUUGAAGGUCCUGAUAUCAAAGGUGGAAAGUUUCACAUGCCUUCAUUAGAUAUCUCACUACCAAAAGGAGGAGCAGGAGCAGAUGUAGAUGUUAAAGGAAAAGGAGGAAAAUUUGAAAUGCCUAAGAUAGAUGUUUCCUUGCCAAAACUGAAAUCUCCAGGUGCGAAAAUCAACGUUGAAGGUCCUGAUAUAAAAGGUGGAAAGUUUCACAUGCCCUCUGUAGACAUCUCACUACCAAAAGGAGGAGCAGGAGCAGAUGUAGAUGUUAAAGGAAAAGGAGGAAAAUUUGAAAUGCCUAAGAUAGACGUUUCCUUGCCAAAACUAAAAUCUCCGGAUGCUGAAAUCAACGUUGAAGGUCCUGAUAUCAAAGGUGGAAAGUUUCACAUGCCUUCAUUAGAUAUCUCACUACCACAAGGAGGAGCAGGAGCAGAUGUAGAUGUUAAAGGAAAAGGAGGAAAAUUUGAAAUGCCUAAGAUAGAUGUUUCCUUGCCAAAACUGAAAUCUCCGGAUGCUGAAAUCAACGUUGAAGGUCCUGAUAUCAAAGGUGGAAAGUUUCACAUGCCUUCAUUAGAUAUCUCACUACCAAAAGGAGGAGCAGAUGUAGAUGUUAAAGGAAAAGGAGGAAAAUUUGAAAUGCCUAAAAUAGAUGUUUCCUUGCCAAAACUAAAAUCUCCGGAUGCUGAAAUCAACGUUGAAGGUCCUGAUAUCAAAGGUGGAAAGUUUCACAUGCCUUCAUUAGAUAUCUCACUACCAAAAGGAGGAGCAGGAGUAGAUGUAGAUGUUAAAGGAAAAGGAGGAAAAUUUGAAAUGCCUAAGAUAGAUGUUUCUUUGCCAAAACUGAAAUCUCCAGGUGCGGAAAUCAACGUUGAAGGUCCUGACAUUAAAGGUGGAAAGUUUCACAUGCCUUCAUUAGAUAUCUCACUACCAAAAGGAGGAGCAGGAGCAGAUGUAGAUGUUAAAGGCAAAGGAGGAAAAUUUGAAAUGCCUAAGAUAGAUGUUUCCUUGCCAAAACUGAAAUCUCCAGGUGCGGAAAUCAACGUUGAAGGUCCUGAUAUCAAAGGUGGAAAGUUUCACAUGCCUUCAUUAGAUAUCUCACUACCAAAAGGAGGAGUAGGAGCAGAUGUAGAUGUUAAAGGAAAAGGAGGAAAAUUUGAAAUGCCUAAGAUAGAUGUUUCCUUGCCAAAACUGAAAUCUCCAGGUGCGGAAAUCAACGUUGAAGGUCCUGAUAUCAAAGGUGGAAAGUUUCACAUGCCUUCAUUAGAUAUCUCACUACCAAAAGGAGGAGCAGGAGCAGAUGUAGAUGUUAAAGGAAAAGGAGGAAAAUUUGAAAUGCCUAAGAUAGAUGUUUCCUUGCCAAAACUAAAAUCUCCAGAUGCUGAAAUCAACGUUGAAGGUCCUGAUAUCAAAGGUGGAAAGUUUCACAUGCCUUCAUUAGAUAUCUCACUACCAAAAGGAGGAGCAGGAGCAGAUGUAGAUGUUAAAGGAAAAGGAGGAAAAUUUGAAAUGCCUAAGAUAGAUGUUUCCUUGCCAAAACUGAAAUCUCCAGGUGCGGAAAUCAACGUUGAAGGUCCUGAUAUAAAAGGUGGAAAGUUUCACAUGCCUUCAUUAGAUAUCUCACUACCAAAAGGAGGAGCAGGAGCAGAUGUAGAUGUUAAAGGAAAAGGAGGAAAAUUUGAAAUGCCUAAGAUAGAUGUUUCCUUGCCAAAACUAAAAUCUCCGGAUGCUGAAAUCAACGUUGAAGGUCCUGAUAUCAAAGGUGGAAAGUUUCACAUGCCUUCAUUAGAUAUCUCACUACCAAAAGGAGGAGCAGGAGCAGAUGUAGAUGUUAAAGGCAAAGGAGGAAAAUUUGAAAUGCCUAAGAUAGAUGUUUCCUUGCCAAAACUGAAAUCUCCAGGUGCGGAAAUCAACGUUGAAGGUCCUGAUAUCAAAGGUGGAAAGUUUCACAUGCCUUCAUUAGAUAUCUCACUACCAAAAGGAGGAGUAGGAGCAGAUGUAGAUGUUAAAGGAAAAGGAGGAAAAUUUGAAAUGCCUAAGAUAGAUGUUUCCUUGCCAAAACUGAAAUCUCCAGGUGCGGAAAUCAACGUUGAAGGUCCUGAUAUCAAAGGUGGAAAGUUUCACAUGCCUUCAUUAGAUAUCUCACUACCAAAAGGAGGAGCAGGAGCAGAUGUAGAUGUUAAAGGAAAAGGAGGAAAAUUUGAAAUGCCUAAGAUAGAUGUUUCCUUGCCAAAACUAAAAUCUCCAGAUGCUGAAAUCAACGUUGAAGGUCCUGAUAUCAAAGGUGGAAAGUUUCACAUGCCUUCAUUAGAUAUCUCACUACCAAAAGGAGGAGCAGGAGCAGAUGUAGAUGUUAAAGGAAAAGGAGGAAAAUUUGAAAUGCCUAAGAUAGAUGUUUCCUUGCCAAAACUGAAAUCUCCAGGUGCGGAAAUCAACGUUGAAGCUCCUGAUAUAAAAGGUGGAAAGUUUCACAUGCCUUCAUUAGAUAUCUCACUACCAAAAGGAGGAGCAGGAGCAGAUGUAGAUGUUAAAGGAAAAGGAGGAAAAUUUGAAAUGCCUAAGAUAGAUGUUUCCUUGCCAAAACUAAAAUCUCCAGAUGCUGAAAUCAACGUUGAAGGUCCUGAUAUCAAAGGUGGAAAGUUUCACAUGCCUUCAUUAGAUAUCUCACUACCAAAAGGAGGAGCAGGAGCAGAUGUAGAUGUUAAAGGAAAAGGAGGAAAAUUUGAAAUGCCUAAGAUAGAUGUUUCCUUGCCAAAACUAAAAUCUCCGGAUGCUGAAAUCAACGUUGAAGGUCCUGAUAUCAAAGGUGGAAAGUUUCACAUGCCUUCAUUAGAUAUCUCACUACCAAAAGGAGGAGCAGGAGCAGAUGUAGAUGUUAAAGGAAAAGGUGGAAAAUUUGAAAUGCCUAAGAUAGAUGUUUCCUUGCCAAAACUGAAAUCUUCAAGUGGUGAAAUCAACGUUGAAGGUCCUGAUAUCAAAGGUGGAAAGUUUCACAUGCCUUCAUUAGAUAUCUCACUACCAAAAGGAGGAGCAGGAGCAGAUGUAGAUGUUAAAGGAAAAGGAGGAAAAUUUGAAAUGCCUAAGAUAGAUGUUUCCUUGCCAAAACUGAAAUCUCCAGGUGCGAAAAUCAACGUUGAAGGUCCUGAUAUCAAAGGUGGAAAGUUUCACAUGCCCUCUGUAGACAUCUCACUACCAAAAGGAGGAGCAGGAGCAGAUGUAGAUGUUAAAGGAAAAGGAGGAAAAUUUGAAAUGCCUAAGAUAGACGUUUCCUUGCCAAAACUAAAAUCUCCGGAUGCUGAAAUUAACGUUGAAGGUCCUGAUAUCAAAGGUGGAAAGUUUCACAUGCCUUCAUUAGAUAUCUCACUACCACAAGGAGGAGCAGGAGCAGAUGUAGAUGUUAAAGGAAAAGGAGGAAAAUUUGAAAUGCCUAAGAUAGAUGUUUCCUUGCCAAAACUAAAAUCUCCGGAUGCUGAAAUCAACGUUGAAGGUCCUGAUAUCAAAGGUGGAAAGUUUCACAUGCCUUCAUUAGAUAUCUCACUACCAAAAGGAGGAGCAGAUGUAGAUGUUAAAGGAAAAGGAGGAAAAUUUGAAAUGCCUAAAAUAGAUGUUUCCUUGCCAAAACUAAAAUCUCCGGAUGCUGAAAUCAACGUUGAAGGUCCUGAUAUCAAAGGUGGAAAGUUUCACAUGCCUUCAUUAGAUAUCUCACUACCAAAAGGAGGAGCAGGAGCAGAUGUAGAUGUUAAAGGCAAAGGAGGAAAAUUUGAAAUGCCUAAGAUAGAUGUUUCCUUGCCAAAACUGAAAUCUCCAGGUGCGGAAAUCAACGUUGAAGGUCCUGAUAUCAAAGGUGGAAAGUUUCACAUGCCUUCAUUAGAUAUCUCACUACCAAAAGGAGGAGUAGGAGCAGAUGUAGAUGUUAAAGGAAAAGGAGGAAAAUUUGAAAUGCCUAAGAUAGAUGUUUCCUUGCCAAAACUAAAAUUUCCGGAUGCUGAAAUCAACGUUGAAGGUCCUGAUAUCAAAGGUGGAAAGUUUCACAUGCCUUCAUUAGAUAUCUCACUACCAAAAGGAGGAGCAGGAGCAGAUGUAGAUGUUAAAGGCAAAGGAGGAAAAUUUGAAAUGCCUAAGAUAGAUGUUUCCUUGCCAAAACUGAAAUCUCCAGGUGCGGAAAUCAACGUUGAAGGUCCUGAUAUUAAAGGUGGAAAGUUUCACAUGCCUUCAUUAGAUAUCUCACUACCAAAAGGAGGAGUAGGAGCAGAUGUAGAUGUUAAAGGAAAAGGAGGAAAAUUUGAAAUGCCUAAGAUAGAUGUUUCCUUGCCAAAACUAAAAUUUCCGGAUGCUGAAAUCAACGUUGAAGGUCCUGAUAUCAAAGGUGGAAAGUUUCACAUGCCUUCAUUAGAUAUCUCACUACCAAAAGGAGGAGCAGGAGCAGAUGUAGAUGUUAAAGGAAAAGGAGGAAAAUUUGAAAUGCCUAAGAUAGAUGUUUCCUUGCCAAAACUAAAAUCUCCAGAUGCUGAAAUCAACGUUGAAGGUCCUGAUAUCAAAGGUGGAAAGUUUCACAUGCCUUCAUUAGAUAUCUCACUACCAAAAGGAGGAGCAGGAGCAGAUGUAGAUGUUAAAGGAAAAGGAGGAAAAUUUGAAAUGCCUAAAUUAGAUGUUUCCUUGCCAACUGUUGACAUUUCUGCUCCUAAAGUUGAUCUAGAUUUUAAUCUUCCAAAGGGAAAAGGCAAUGAUAGAGAAAAUAUUGAACUUCUUAAAGCAGAGGGUGGAAGGCCAUCCUCUGGGGAAAGUUUUGAUAUUCCAGAUGUCUAUGUAAAAAUGCCCAAACUGCUCCCUAAAUUUGGCAAAAAAAUGAAUAGCGGAGACAGUGGAUCUGCAAAUUUAGACAUAGAAAGAAAACUGCCAUCAGUUGAUGUAGAUGGAAAAAUGAAAAAGACCAAAACCAAAAUUCCAGAAAUGGACAUGUCCUUGGAUAUACGAAAUAAAGGAAAGGUCAAAAUGCCAACAGUUGAGAUAUCACUGCCAACAACAAAAAUUCCAGAAUGUGAGGUAUUGCUUCCAAAAGGUGAGGUUGAUGUAUCUGAAGCAGAUAUCAAAAGCUAUGAAGGCAGCCUAAAAAUCCCUAAGAUGCCAACUGUUGAUAUAUCAGUCCCAAAAGUUGAUUUAGACGUGUCCUUGCCUAAAGUAAAACUUGAUGAGUCAAUGGAUUCAACCUCAUCCGAUUUACAUAUUGAAAGUAGUAGGGGUACAGUAAAUUUUCCUCAUAUAAAAAUCCCUAAAGUAGACAUUUCAAUUCCACAUGGAAAAACGGGGGGCACAGAUAAUCUCGAGGUGGAGGGUAAAGGUGGCAAGAUGAAGGUACCAGUACCCAAAGUGGAAAUGCAAUUCUCACAUAAAAAAACAGAAGACACUAAGACUCCUGAAAUAGAUGCAAACUUUCCCAAAUCAAAAACCACUGACACAGAGAUAUCCACUCCAAAGAAAAUGACAUCGCCAAAGAUUCCAGAUAUUGACUUUAACAUUGAGACUGGUCAAGUUGACCCUAACAAUGAAGAUGUUAAAAGACAGGCUGCUAAAGUCAAAAUUCAAAAGUUUGGGAUACCUCUCCCUUCUUUAAGUUCACCUGAAGCCAAUCUUACAUCAUCUCUGGUUAAAGGCCAUUCUGUACCAGUGGACUAUCAGGUCGAGUAUGAGAGCCCUACUAUGCCAAAAGUGAGAAAAGCUGUAUUUGUUAUGGUGACUCCCGAAACGCAGAGAGUUGCAGGUAGUGAAGCAAGUACAGAUCUUAAAUAUGAAGGGGUGAAGUUAACAAAGUUUAAAAUGAAGUCAAGUUUUAGCAAGUCUCAAUCAAAUGAAAAGGGGAAAUCAUUAAGUGGUGGUGAAGAGGAGGUAGAAACACAAAAGAAGACAAAGACUAGUAUGCUGAAGUUGCCCAAAGUCACAUUAUCACCUGGAAAGACUGGAUCCUUCGAGGUAACACCAACUGGGUCAGAUGAUAGAACAAGCCAACCCCUAAAUGGUCACAAAGAUGACAAUACAAAGCUUGUAAAGCUUAAAUUUCCCAAAGUGGAGUUUUUCUCACCAUACACAGGGGAAAAAGAAAAGACGGAAACAGCUACCAAACUGAGGAAAGAGACCUCGGGGGAUGGCAAAGAGAGCAAAUCUGGCAAAAUGUUGUUCUCGGGUGUCAAGAAGAAAACAGGAAAGGAUGAAGAUGAGCUGAGGGAGGGUGGUGGUGGUUUAGUAUACUCAAAAGCAAGGACUGAAAUGCUGGAAGAGCAUGAGACAUGUGAAGAGAGAGAAGAAACAACAUGGUUUAAAGUACCUAAAGUCACCCUUAGCCCUCAUUCAACUGGCUUGCUUCACGUCACUCCGAAUGAGUCGCCAAAGGGAAGCAAGACCUCAUUGUCAUGCUCUGGUGAAGAAGCCAUUGGAGGUUUCUAUGUAAAAAUGCCAAGUGUAGAGUUUUCAACACAUGAAAUGUCCUCAGAGCAACUGGUUACUGAAACAAAAGAGAAAAACGUAAGUGUAAUGACUAAGACGACAACAUAUACAGAGACGAAAAGUAGCACCACAAAAUUGUAGGUAUCUUAUCAAAUGGAAUAUAGAAGAAUAAUAUAUUUUUUUAUGUGACUAUAUUCUACAGUAAUGUUGUUUUUAUUCAUUUUAAAGCAAAACUAUUUUCUCAAGCUUUAGAAGGAACAACACUAUAUAUGCAUAAUGAAAAUGUUGCUACCAAAGAAUAUUAUUUCUCAUUUUCAUGUUUUGUAACUUGCUGCCCUGUAGGACGCUUUAAAUAUAUUUGUAAAGAUUACAUUUACAGAUGUAAUGUAAAUGUAAUAUUUGUAAAGAUAUUUCUUACUUAUCCACACACACACACACCAAUAUAUAUAUACACAUUUAUAAAGAUCUAUUACACCAUUUUUUGCUGCUUGGGUUGUUUGUUUAAAUGACAUUUAAAAAUAGAUAUUUAUAAGAUUGUUAUUGUUUAUUUUAGAUACUACUAUUUUCCCCAUAUUUAUACGCAUGACCUGUACAGAUUAUUAGACUCUGUGAUGCUGAGAUUGUAUUGACUUUUGAGAUAUAUUCGAGUUUAUUUCCUUAUCCAUAAUGUUUUCCAAGAAUGUGAUAACCUUUACAAAAUGUCUCUGUUCAGGGGGAGGGUGCAGAAUUUUUACAUCGCAAACAUUGGGUGUGUAAUAUUUUUCUUGUUAAAAUAAACUCUUGUUGGUAAUGGAAGAAGUGUUAAAUGCCUGCAGUAUUAUUGUAUUUGUAUAAUUAAUAGAGAUUUAGUACUGAAUUGCAUGUUUGUAAUGUUUGUGUUGUUUGUGUUAUAAAACACAAUUUGCUAAAGCAACAAUAACAUAUUCAAAUAAAAUAAUAAAAUUGUUAGUUUUGUC